UUUCUGUACAACAACUACACGUUUUGAGCUCAGUCUGGAAGCCCUUCCCAUUCACAGCAUAUCUGUGCAGGUAGGGGAGGAGGAGGAGGAGGCACAUAGCCCUUUUGUUACCUGUACCUGUACCGUGCAUGAAAGCUUCAAGUCAGAUUCACAUAUUCCGGUUUGCAUUCAGCAGAAAGCAGCAGUUUUGUUUUGUUUUACUACUGAAGGCGCAUAACAGGUGGGGUGGUCGGGUUGUUAAUUAAAAUUUAGCGUUCAACGGGAGGACGGAUAGGAGCCACUUCCUCCAAGAACUCAUUCACCUUUCAAGUGCGAUCAUAUUCCAGCUUUCGUUUCGGACUCCUCUCAGCAUCUCACCUGUCCUGGACGAUGGGUUUCACGCAGUUCAAAAUCUCCAAAGAGGUUCAGCUUGAUGUGACGGAAAACAGGCGUUAUACCUGCAUCUGGGGGGGUUAGAAAAGCUGCUGAUGUGAGUACCACUUUGUGUUAACAGUGCAUGGCCUCUGGAUAAAGUGAUACCGAUCAUGCACAAACCCCUCCGAAAGCGGAGUCUCUACGUUUCCCUGUGUUUUGGCAUCAUAUACCUCCGACUCGGGGCCCUGUCCUCGGUUGUGGCUCUGGGUGCCAACAUCAUCUGCAACAAGAUUCCAGGCCUGGCACCUCGCCAGCGAGGCAUCUGCCAGACCCGGCCGGACGCCAUCAUAGUUGUGGGCGAAGGUGCCCAAAUGGGCAUCAAUGAGUGUCAGUACCAGUUCCGAUAUGGACGCUGGAACUGUUCAGCGCUCGGAGAGAGAACGGUCUUUGGGCAGGAGCUUCGAGUAGGCAGUCGGGAAGCAGCUUUCACCUAUGCCAUCACAGCAGCAGGGGUGGCCCAUGCAAUCACAGCCGCCUGCAGCCAGGGCAACCUGAGCCAGUGCGGCUGUGACCGGGAGAAGCAGGGCUACUACAAUCAGGAGGAGGGCUGGAAGUGGGGAGGCUGCUCGGCUGACAUCAAGUAUGGCAUCGAGUUCUCACGGCGCUUUGUGGAUGCCCGUGAGAUUAAAAAGACGCCCCGUCGCCUGAUGAAUUUGCAUAACAACGAGGCGGGCAGAAAGGUCCUGGAAGAAAGGAUGAAGCUGGAGUGCAAGUGUCAUGGCGUCUCUGGGUCCUGCACCACCAAAACAUGCUGGACGACGCUCCCAAAAUUCAGAGAGAUUGGCUACGUACUCAAGGAAAAGUACAAUGAAGCUGUGCAUGUGGAGGUUGUUCGGGCUAGCCGGCUUCGCCAGCCCACCCACCUCAAAGUAAAGCAGACUCAGGGCUAUCGCAAGCCUAUGGAGACAGACCUUGUUUACAUUGAGAGGUCACCAAACUACUGCGAGGAGGACGCAGCCACGGGGAGCGUGGGCACCCAGGGACGCUUAUGCAACCGCACAUCGCCACACACAGAUGGCUGUGACCUCAUGUGCUGCGGUCGUGGCUACAACACGCACCAGUACACCAAAGUGUGGCAGUGUAACUGUAAGUUUCAAUGGUGCUGCUUCGUGAAAUGCAACACGUGCAGUGAGAGGACGGAAGUUUUUACCUGCAAAUAAGGCUGCAAGGAAUGUCUUCAUCUGCAGGUGAAAUACCAAGGAAAUUGUUGAUUAAAGAUCCAACCGAGCGAUGUGACCGCACUUCUGUAAGCCGUGAGAGACUGUACGACUAAAACAAUGGAAUUUCCUCUAUCAGCUCUCCUUGGCAUCGUUUUGCACAGCAGAAUCUAUCUAAUUACUUUUAAAUAAGUAAUUGCUAAAUAUCAGUAGGUAAUAUCCCAGAACUUUACGGUCAGAUAGAGAUUGUGCUCAUGUACUGAUGUUGGGACUACCCAUAAGGACAAAGGCUCUUACAGGAAACUGUGCUUUGCAGUCUAGGAAAUAUGUGCGUCCAUAUUUGAAAGCAUUGCAAGGAGAGGAACUCAGAGAAGCAUGAACAUUAAAGAAAACCGCAGCUUGCCACAGCUGAUUUGAAUUGACUGGAAAAGAUCUUUUAAAGUUUAAGGACCUCAUAAAAACAAAGUUUCUAGAUGUUGUUGUGUUUCCGCUAAAUUAAUUGAAUCUUGACUCACACCCUCUAGAUUGUCUGGGGCCGGUGUUAGAGGCCGAGAAAUGAAGAACAUUUUGUAAAUGUGGUGCCAUGGGUUGCACCAAAGUUUGAGUGGAGAACCCUGUUAAACCCUUUGCUGCCAACUGGAAUAUGGUGGAGGAUGUUAGUUUUCCAGUAACACUGGAACUGUCUGUUCUGAACACUGAAAAUAAAUGGUCUAUUUAUGUUAUAGUAUCGUAAAACAAAGCACUAAUGGGUAGAGAUGUCUUUUUUUUGUACUAAAUGCAAUGAAAAAUACUUCUAAGAAAUUAUUAAAUUACCACAGUAUUUCUGAAACACCACACAAUCUUUUAGUAAAAAAA